AUGGAUCAACAAAGACAGCAGGAUGGGCGGUUUCGCGAACCAAUAGCGGUGAUUGGAUCCGCCUGUAGAUUCCCAGGAGCGUGUAGCUCCCCAUCAAAGCUAUGGGAUCUCCUCCAACAGCCCCGUGAUGUUCUGAAAGAAUUUCACCCCGAACGACUCAAUCUAUCCCGCUUCCACCACAAGAGUGGUGAUACCCAUGGCGCUACAGACGUCGGAAACAAAUCCUACCUUCUUGAAGAGGACACUCGCCUUUUCGAUGCUGCCUUCUUUGGCAUCAGCCCAAUCGAGGCUGCAGGCAUGGAUCCACAGCAGAGAAUAUUGUUAGAGGCUGUUUAUGAGACAUUCGAGUCCGCCGGAGUGACUCUUGAUGAACUGAGAGGCUCCUUCACAUCCGUUCAUGUGGGAUGCAUGACGUCGGAUUGGGCAAACAUCCAGGCCCGCGAUACCGAGACGGUGCCCAAGUACAAUGCUACUGGCUCAGCCAACAGCAUCUUGUCAAACCGGAUUUCGUACAUCUUCGACCUCAAGGGCCCGUCUGAGACGAUAGACACGGCCUGCUCGAGCUCCCUGGUGGCUUUGCACAAUGCUGCGCGGGGUCUUCUCAACGGUGACUGCAACGCCGCUGUCGUUGCUGGUGUGAACUUGAUCCUGGAUCCCGCCCCAUUCAUCAACGAGUCUAAGCUACACAUGCUGUCUCCCGAUGCCAGAUCACGCAUGUGGGACAAAGAUGCGAAUGGCUAUGCGCGUGGUGAAGGUGCUGGUGCAUUGCUGCUCAAGACGCUGAGCCAAGCUCUGAAAGACGGAGACCAUAUCGAGGGUCUCGUAAGGGCCACUGGAGUCAACUCGGACGGCCAGAGCCCAGGGAUCACAAUGCCGUAUUCUCCGACACAGACUGCUCUUAUUCAACAGACGUACGCGCGAGCUGGGCUGGAUCCCAUCAAAGACCGACCGCAGUACAUCGAAUGCCACGGUACAGGUACCCCCGCAGGCGACCCUGUGGAAGCACGAGCACUUAGCAAUGCCUUCAUCGGCCAUGUUGACAAGUCGACCGAAAACCCGAUCCUCGUCGGAUCAAUCAAAACCGUUAUCGGACACUUGGAGGGUGGCGCUGGCAUUGCUGGCGUCAUAAAAGUCCUGCUCAGCAUCAAGUACCGCGUUAUCCCCCCCAACCUCCUCUUCAAGGACCUAAAUCCGGAUAUCGCCCCCUACUAUGGGCCCCUUCAAAUCCCAACGACGGCCGUGCCCUGGCCAGAACUGCCACCUGGUACUCCUGCUCGCGCAAGCGUGAACAGCUUUGGAUUCGGGGGAACCAAUGCUCACGCCGUCAUCGAGAGUUUCGAUGAGAGCUUCGGACCCCGAGCUAGCUCUGCUGAUGAAGGCGUGGUUGGUCCUUUGUUGUUCUCCGCGAAGUCUGGAGCUUCAUUGCUGCGGUCUGUCAGGGACAAUUUGGAGUAUCUGCAAAAGGACGCAUCGCUUGACCUCCGCGACUUGAGCGCUUUUUUGCAGUCAAGGCGUACCACACACCGUGUGCGUGCUCACUUUACCGGGUCAUCUAGAGAUGCAGUUCUUGAGAACAUGACCAACUUCAUUACAACUCAUGCCCAGUCGGCCAGUGAUCAGAUCGGCCACCAGCCUCAGCUUAUCAACCCGAAGGAGGUUCCCGGCGUCCUCGGUGUAUUCACGGGGCAGGGCGCUCAGUGGCCCGCCAUGGGUCGUGAGCUGUACUGCAAGUCAGCACUCUUUCGCAAGACCAUUGAGGAGUGCGAAGCAGUUCUUGAUGCGCUUCCGCAGCAAGACCGCCCCGAUUGGUCUCUCACGGAAGAGCUCAUGAAGGACGCUAUAUCUUCCCGUAUUUCCGAGGCGGCCCUGUCUCAACCGCUCUGCUCAGCCGUCCAGCUUGCAUUGGUCAAGCUACUCCAGGCGGCUGGCAUCGCAUUUGACGCAGUUGUCGGCCACUCAUCUGGUGAGAUUGCCGCCACUUUUGCGGCCGGUAUCAUCACGCUCCAGGGCGCCAUGCAGAUUGCCUAUUACCGCGGUUUACAUGCGAAGUCUGCUGGUGGCGCCAAUCAUGCCAAGGGCGCCAUGAUGGCCGUUGGGUUGUCGUUCGCGGAAGCUAAGCAAUUCUGCUCACGCCCGGAAUUCGACGGUAAGAUCAAAGUCGCAGCUAGUAACGCCCCAAAGUCUGUGACGAUCUCCGGCGAUGUCGACGCUAUUGUUCAGGCGCACGAGAUCCUUCAGGCAGACAACAUCUUUGCGCGCCGCUUACAAGUGGACACUGCAUACCACUCGCAUCACAUGUUGCCCUGCUGCCAGCCCUAUCUAAACUCGCUGCUGGCUUGCAACAUCAAAGUCAUGCAGCCUACGGGCAAGUGUACUUGGAUUUCCAGCGUACGAGGCGACACACAGCUCCUCAGGGGUGAUCUAAGUUCUCUCAAAGGACAAUACUGGGUUGACAAUAUGGUUCGCACGGUUCUGUUUACUCAAGCUAUUGAGUCUUCCAUCUGGCAUGGAGGCCCGUUCGAUCUGGCCAUUGAAGUCGGCCCCCACCCGGCACUGAAGGGCCCAACCGAACAGACGCUCAAAGCCUCGUACGGAAUUCUCCCUGUGUAUACUGGCGUUCUGAAACGAGGCGAAAACAACGUCGAAGCUUUCUCCGCGGCCGUCGGUACUACUUGGGCUCAGCUUGGGCCGGCAUUUGUGGACUUUGCUGGUUAUCGCAACCUGUUCUACGAGGCUGAGACGCCUGUAUUCAAAAUCCCCAAGGGAUUGCCUUUAUACUCGUGGGACCACGACAAGGUGUUCUGGCGCGAGGGACGUCUAUCUCGCCGAUUCCGUCUCGGGAAUGACCAAGGCCACGAACUUCUGGGACGUCGCACGCUCGACGACAAUGAUACCGAGCUACGCUGGCGCAAUGUCCUCAAGCUGGGUGAAAUGCCAUGGCUUCGCGGACACGAGGUUCUUGGUGAAGUACUACUUCCUGGAGCGUCUUACGUGUCGGUCGCUGUGCAGGCUGGCCAUAACAUUGCCAUGACAAUGGGAAAGAAUGUUCGGCUGAUUGAGAUUUCCAACGUCGAUAUCCUGCGUCCGGUUGUCGUUCCUGAAGGCACCGAUGGCGUCGAGACUCUCUUUACGACUCGCAUUGUGGAGACGACCAGAGACCAUAUCAAAGCAGAGUUCAUGUACUACGUAUGUCCCGAUGAAUCUCUCGGUACUAUGCUCCGGACUUGCAAUGGCGAAGUCAUGGUCUAUCUCGAGACACAGACGGAUAUCGCAUCCCCAGAUACGCUGCCCGCUAAAGAUGCCAUGCCUUUGAACCUCACCAAGAUUGACACGGAAAGGGUCUACUCUUUGUUUAAAGAUAUUGGCCUCAACUACUCUGGCCUUUUCCGCGGCAUUUCUACCAUUGAAAGAAAGCUUGACUAUGCCAGCACUAGGAGCACCUGGGUGGAUGGUCUGGAUAGCGCUUACGUUGUCCAUCCCGCCAUGCUCGAUGUCGCUUUCCAGACCAUGUUCAUUGCAAAGGCUCAUCCGGCCAGUCGUCAGAUCAACUCUGCUCUCUUGCCAUCCCACAUCGAUCGUGUCCGCAUCAACCCGUCAGUGCAGUUCACACAGCCUAAUGAGGUGGCUGAGACUGCUGCCGAGUUCGAGACGUGGGCUGUCAAGCAAACGGCUAACUCGUUGGUUGGCGAUCUCAACAUCUACGAUGCCGCGACUGGCAAAACCUUUCUGCAAGUGGAAGGACUUGCCGUAAACUCCGUGGGUGAGCAGGACGCCUCUUCCGACAAUUCAAUGUUUUCUAGAACUCUCUGGGGUCAAGAUGUCACUCUCGGCCUUCCUGAUCCAGUUAGAGAUCCUGUUAAGGAUGCCGAAGGGUUGCAGAUGGCCCAUGCUGUCGAACGCGUUGCAGUAUUCUACGUCAAGAAUAUCCUCAAAGAGGUCAAGAAGGAGGAGAGAGCCGACUUUCAGUGGUACCACCAGCGCAUGUUUGAGGCCUUCGAGAACCACAUCAGUAUCGUCAAGAACGGUGAGCAUCCCAUCAUCUUGCCUGAAUGGUUGGAUGACGAGGAGUCCAUUCUUGACGAACUCGACUCUAAACACGGCGAUACGAUUGACUUUAAGCUUCUCCACGCCGUGGGCAAGGACUUGGCCCAUGUCGUUCGAGGUAACAAGCAGAUGCUCGAGGUUAUGACCAAGAACGACAUGCUGAACCGCUUCUACAUGGAAGGCUAUGCCUCUGUUCCGACGAACAAGGCGGUGGGAGAUGUAAUGCGGCAACUUUCUUUCAAGUUUCCUCGAGCCAAGAUUCUAGAAAUCGGAGCCGGUACUGGUGGAACAUCUUGGAGUGUGUUGAAGAGUAUCAACGAUGCGUACGAGUCGUACACUUACACCGAUGUCUCAUCUGGGUUCUUUCAUCUGGCCGAGGAGAAAUUCUCCGACUUUGCCCACAAGAUAAUCUUUAAGGUGCUAGACAUUGAGCAGGAGCCCAAGGAGCAGGGUUUCAAAGAGCAAUCCUACGACAUCAUCAUUGCUGCCCUUGUCCUCCACGCAACCCACGACUUGGAAAGAACAAUGCGCCAUGCCCGAUCAUUACUCAAGCCCGGUGGUUUCCUUGUCAUGGUAGAGCUUACAGGUACCAUGAGUGUCCGCGCCACUUUGGUUAUGGGAGGUCUUCCAGGAUGGUGGCUGGGUGAGAAUGAUGGCCGACGGCUUAGCCCUCUCGUCACAGCCAUCGAAUGGGACAGGCUAUUGCAGAAUACCGGCUUCUCUGGUGCUGAUGCCGUCAUUCACGACUUGGCCGACGAAGAGAAGCACUGCACUGCCCUCAUCAUGGGUCAGGCUGUUGACGACGACUUUCAGCGCCUAAGAUCUCCGCUGAGCACUGUCGCUGAGCUUCCUCCCCCAGAUGACCCCAUCCUUGUCAUUGGAGGCAAGCGAUUGUCAACGUCCAAGGUGAUCAGAGAGAUUCAGAAGCUAUUUCCAAGGAAAUGGGCUCGACACGUGCGAGUUUACAAGAGCAUCGACGAAGUCAACGUGUCAGGAAUUACUCCCGGUCUCGACGUUCUUUCCUUACAGGACCUUGAUGAGUCUCCAUUUUCACACACCAUAACGGCUCAUGAGCUUUUCAUCAUGGCCGGACGUUCCGGGUCAUCAUGGGUAGCUGCUGUCACCAAUGCCAACACCUCUAUCGCUAGAGUUCAUGGCACACACGUCAUCCCCAUUGAUGAGCAAGAUUGCAGCCCGGAGAGGCUCUCUGCUAUUGCAAAUUACAUCUUGUCAUGGUCCAUCUCGACAGUGGCCGGCCCCCACGCCUCGGUACUUCUCUUCGAGGCUCAUGAUUCCCUAGCUGCAUCAGUCAAAGCUCAGCUUGCGGCAGCAGGUGGCAAGGCUUUCUUUGCUUCCACGCGGACGCAUGGAACUCCGGCUAACGGCAUCAAGAUCCAUGCUCUGGCGUCUAAGCGCUCCAUUCAGAGAGUUGUGCCACAUGAUGUCCAGCUCUUCAUUGACUGCUCGCUGGAUUCUUCCCCAGCUGCGGCUACUCUUACGCAGAGCAUGCCAAGUAAUUGCAUCAGCCGGCAGCUCGACGUACAACUUGUCCAAGAAGCUCUUCGUAGUGCCCACAGGGAGUCGGUAGAGCUGCUCAAGGAGGCUUUCGCAUUCCCGGGCGUCGAAUCGCCUGCUGUUCCCGUCGUCCCUGCACAGACGCUAGCCGGACGCAGCUUCAUGUCUCUCAAAGCUCAAGCCUAUGUCACCGAUUGGACCACGCAGGUGAUCUCGACCACUGUCCCGCCGCUCAGCCUUGAGGGUCUGUUCAGGCCUGACAAGACGUACUUCAUGGCGGGCAUGGCAGGAGGACUAGGCCUAUCGAUCUGUCAGUGGAUGAUACGCAACGGAGCCAAGCACAUGGUCAUUACCAGUCGUAAUCCACAGGUGAACACGGCCACCCUAGAGGAAGCUGAGCGCGUCGGAGCCACGGUCAAGGUCCUCGCCAUGGACCUGACCAACAGAGAGUCCGUCGAAAAGGUCGUGCAGCAAAUUCGCGAGACUAUGCCUCCCAUCGCAGGUGUUUGCAACGCCGCCAUGGUUUUGAAGGACGGCUUUUUUGUGGACAUGGAUGUUGAUCAGUUUAACAAUACCCUCGCCGCCAAGGUCAUCGGGUCCGAAAACCUCGAUUCUGUCUUCAGCAGCACUCCACUCGACUUUUUCAUCUUACUGGGCUCGGUUGCCUCCGUCAUCGGAAACGUUGGACAGUCCAACUACCAUGCCGCCAACUUGUUCAUGGAUAGCCUUGUUCACCAACGGCGUGCGCGUGGCCUUGCAGCGUCCAUUGUUCACAUUGCCUAUGUAACGGACGUUGGCUAUGUUACCCGCGAGGAGCGCGACCGUCAGCUUGACUCCCACUUUCGCAAGGUCAGGCUCAUGCCCACUUCCGAGACCGACGUUCACCACGCCUUUGCUGAGGCUGUGAAGGGUGGAAAGCCGGGGAGCACCUCGGGCUACCAUGAUAUAAUCAUGGGCAUUGAGCCGCUCAGGGAGCAGAUUCCACUGGACCAGCAGCCUCUGUGGAUGAAGAACCCACGCUUUGCCCACUUUGACCAGCACGCAAUCCACGCCCAGCACGAACGUGGCUCGACGGGAUCUAUUGAUAACGUCCGAGCCUUGGUGGAGAAGGCCGAGAAGGAAGAAGAAGCCAUAGACGCAGUCAUGGCAGCUUUCUGUGCGAAAUUGGAAUCCAUCUUGCAGCUCACGGCCGGUUGUAUCAAUGUGCAACGCCCGAUUACUGAUUUGGGAAUCGACUCGCUAGUUGCCGUGGAAAUCCGAACAUGGUUCCUCAAAGAACUCGGUGCCGACGUGCCCGUCGUUAAAAUUCUUGGAGGUGAUACUGUCCAGCAACUGUCUACAAUCGCAACGAAGAAGCUACUGGCCAAGAAUAUGGAAGCCGGGGCUGAGAAGAAGUCGACAAUUGAGAAGCCUGCCGAAGCUACAGCCCCGGUUCCCACCAGCAAACAGGAGGAAUCCAUCUCGAGCAACAGCUCCUACACAAAGGACGAUACGCCCGAGCUCGAAGAUGAAUACGAAAGCUCUGUCGGCGUCGCGGCAGAGGAGGCGGAUGAGAUGAGAGUUCGGCCAGGAAUAAUCCGUGAAGAGCGAAUGUCACCCGCCCAGGCCCGCCUCUGGUUCAUGUCUCAACAUCUCGAAAAUUCUGCGGCGUACAACAUGGCUUUCCGUUACAAGGUCAAGGGACCUAUUGGAACUGCGAGACUGAAGCACGCACUGUCGUUUACGACGCAUAAGCAUGAAUGUCUGAGGAUGUGCUUCUAUUCGCACCUUGAAGACGGCCAUCCUAUGCAAGGUCUCAUGGCCUCCUCUCUCUGCAACUUCAAGCACACUGUCCAUGCAUCCGAAGACGAUGUUGCUCGGGAAAUGUCGCGGCUUUCCACCUGUCAAUGGAACCUGCAGUACGGGCAUACGAUGGAAGUGUCACUGCUUAGCCGCGACUCCGAGGACCACGACCUGAUUAUCGCAUACCAUCACAUUGUCAUGGAUGUCAUUGGGCUGGGCGUUGUUCUGGACGACUUGAACAAUGCUUACAAUAUGAAGCCUGUGAACAAGAGUGCCGGAUCAUAUAUAGAAUUCUCCGUGAAGCAGCUGGAGCAGCAAGCCCGAGGCGAUUUUGACAAGCAGCUAUCUUUCUGGGAGGCGGAGUUCAGGACAAUACCUCAGAGGCUUCCGCGUCUGCCAUUUGCUCGCAUCGGCAGCCCCAGCGGCGUCGCCGAGUCAGUGCCUGAUACGUAUCAUCAAUACCGCGAACUGAACGAUACGCAGUUUGCAUCGCUGAAGGCGACCUGCCAAAAGCUUCGUAUCAGCCCGUUCCACUUCCACCUUUCUCUUCUCCAAGUCUUGCUUUCUCGUUAUACCAACACUGAUGAUCUCUGCAUUGGGAUUGUUGACGCCAAUCGCAACGAUCACCGAUACGCUGGUACUGUGGGUUGCUUCGUCAACAUGGUCCCGGUUCGCCUGCAUGUGCCCCCCGGCAAGGCUUCAUUCGCCGACGUCGCUCAGCAAACACGCAGGAGCGCCCUCCAGGCUCUUGAGCAUUCGGCAGUGCCUUUCGACAUGAUACUAGACAAGAUCAAGGCUCCAAGAUCCUCUAGAAGCACCCCACUGUUUCAAGCGGCACUGAACUAUCGCACCGGCUCCAUCUGGGAAUUGCCCCUGGGACGGGCCAAAAUGACCAUGGCAGAUGUUAAAGACGCCAACAAUCCAUAUGAUCUGAGCUUGGGCAUCGCAGAGACACGCACUGGAUGCAUGGUAGAGGUUUAUGUCUCGUCCUCUGCUUAUGGUGCCGAGGCUUGCGCUACCAUCAUGGAUGCGUACAUGCGUCUUCUGGAUGAUUUCUCCAACACCCCGGAUCUUCAAAUCAAUGACUGUAACAUCUAUGGCAAACCUGAGAUUGACAGCUCAUUGAGCAUUGGACAGGGCCCCGUCAUACACUUUGAGUGGCCGGCAACACUUUCACAACGCUUCCUGGAUAUGGUCCGCCUCCACCAUGGUGACCCAGCUGUGACCGAUAAGACGGGCACCUUGACGUACUCCGAGCUUCUAGAAAGAGUCAACGGUGUGUCCGACACACUGAUCCGCCAUGGAUGCAAGUCAGGCACCCGUAUCGCCGUGCUUUGCGAACCAUCCAUCGACACCAUCGUGGCCAUGCUCGCCAUCUUACACAUUGGUGCCGUUUACGUUCCUCUGGAUGUUAGCUUGCCGACGGCGCGUCAUGUUGCUAUGAUACAGUCCUCCAAGCCAUCGUUCGUUGUGAACCACGCUUCUACAGACGGUCAGGCGCGGGAAUGCAUCGGCAAGAUCGAAUUCCCCAUCCGGCGAGUCGUCCUUGAUGACGUUAUAGAGGAAGAGAUUAGAGUGACGGUGCCCUGUUUGGCGUCACCGGAUGCUUGCAGCAUCGUCCUCUUCACCAGCGGCUCGACGGGCACGCCAAAGGGCAUAAUGCUCUCGCAGGCCAACUUCGCCAACCAUCUAGCUCUCAAGACGCACUUGCUCGGAUUGGGCAAAGAGACCGUUUUGCAACAGAGCUCCACGGGCUUUGACAUGUCCAUUGUCCAGAUGUUCUGCGCUCUCGCGAACGGUGGUCGCUUGGUAAUCGCCCCCUUUGACAUCAGGCGCGAUCCAAUCGAAAUGGUGUCACUUGUGUGCAGCGAGCAUAUAUCCCUCUCUAUCGCUACGCCAUCCGAAUAUCUCGCCUGGACCCGCUAUGGGAUUUCCUCGUUGAAGGAGAACACGGCGUGGCGACAUAUUUGUAUGGGUGGUGAGUCAGUCACUCGUCAGCUGGUCUUGGAGCUUCGUCGUCUUGGCCUUCCAAAUUUGAGAGUCACAAAUUGUUACGGACCAACGGAGAUCACGGCCGCAGCUUCAUUCCAACCCAUCGACCUCGGGGGUCAAGAAGAUGCUCAUCCAGACAUGGUCAAGUACAAGGUUGGCAAGGUGCUCCCCAACUACACUGUGUCCAUCCUGGAUGCAAGGGGCAGCCCUCAGCCGGUCAACCAUACGGGAGAAGUCUGUAUCGGAGGGGCGGGAGUGGCCUUGGGUUACAUCAGCGCAUCCGAUGACGCCGCCAGCAAGUUCAUCGUGACUGCGCAGGGACAAAGGAUGUAUCGUACUGGAGAUCGUGGGCGCCUCUUGUCUGACGGGACAUUGCUGCUAUUUGGCCGCAUUGAGGGAGAUUCUCAGAUCAAACUUCGGGGCAUCCGGGUCGAUUUGCAGGAAGUAGAAUUGGCCGUACUUGAGGCUGCAGACGGCCUCCUGUCUAAUGUGGUUGUCUCUCAGCGGGGAGAUGUGCUCAUUGCCCAUGCCACAGUCCCUCCAGGCGAACCUGAAGCCACAUUGAUCACUGAAGAUGAUCUGAAUCGCGUGCUGAGGCGACUGGAUCUUCCCCAAUACUUUAUUCCAGCUCGUAUCGUCAUCUUGUCAUCCCUGCCCACUAAUGCGAACGGGAAGUUGGAUCGCAAAGCAAUCGCAGCCCUUCCGCUUCCAUCAUGUCAAUCAAGGGCUGAUUCAGGUUCAGAAGAAGAGAAGAUGACGAUCGAAGAAGGCGAGUUGCGCCUUUUGUGGGAACGUGUUCUUCCCCAGGUCGCCCCCUUGACACGCAUCGCGCCGUCGUCGGACUUUUUCCUCUUGGGAGGCAAUUCACUUUUACUCAUGAAGCUUCAGGCGGCGAUGAAGGACUCGAUGAAUGUCAUGAUGUCAACCCGAAAGCUAUACCAGGCGAGCACGUUACGGGAGAUGGCUCGGGCGGUCGACAAGCAGCGGCGGUCGCAAGCUGAACAUGAUGACCAAAGAGAGAUUGACUGGGCAGCAGAGACAGCUAUUCCUAAGUGGCUCUUGAACCAGAUUCACGAACAAUCUCAGUCAAAGCAGGUCGUGGGCGCAAAGUCACCAGUGGAGAAGAUCAGCGUGUUGAUGACCGGUGCAACAACAUUCCUGGGAGGUCACCUGUUGAAGUCUCUCCUUGAGUCGGACAAGGUGAGCAAGAUUUACUGCAUCGCCGUUCUCGCCGACGAUCAGCAUCUACUCCCUGAAAACGAAAAGAUUGAAUCCUUCAAUGGAAGUCUGCUUUCACCCACUCUGGGGCUCGAUGCAACUGAGCGAGUGCGAUUAGAGAGCACGGCAGAUAUCAUCGUUCACGCAGGAGGUAGCGGUCACUGCCUCAAUACAUACGCAACAUUGCGCAUCCCCAAUGUUAUCUCUACCCAUUUUCUAGCCUCAAUGGCGCUGCCGCGCUCUAUUCCACUGCUGUUCCUCUCAUCCAGCCGGGUCGUUCUUCUGACUGGAAACACUUCGCCCCCGGCGGCUUCCGUCAGCGGUUUCCCUCCGGCAACAGAUGGGCGGGAAGGCCAUAUGAUGAGCAAGUGGACAAGCGAGGUAUUCUUGGAGAACCUUGUCGGACACCUACUGGCCUCAUCACCCCGACAUCAACAGAACCCUUGGACUGUCUCAGUGCAUCGCCCUUCGGUCAUUGUCAGCGAACACGCUCCCAAUUCUGAUGCCCUGAAUGCGAUCCUUCGGUACUCUAUUUUGAUGCAGUCAUCGCCCCGAAUGGACAAUGUUGUGGGCUAUCUUGACCUGGCCCAGCUGGAUACCGUUAUUGCGGAGUUGCGCCAGUCGGUGAUCCAGCUUGGCUCGGGCCAGGGCAAACAGGAAUCUACGAAUAUUCUUUUUAAGCACCAUUCCGGUGGGAUCAAGGUUCCGGCGAGUGAACUUUGGUCCCAUCUGGGAAAGGUAUAUGGCAUCACUUUUGAUGAGGUUGAGCUGGAUGAGUGGCUGCGCCGUGCGGCCAGGGCGGGGAUCGAUCCCUUGAUUACGGCGUACCUGGAGGCUAUUCAGGCCAACGGGGCAAAGAUGAUUUUCCCUUAUAUGGGAAGCGAUUAA